AUGCGCUGUCGAUUUGGCCUUGAAGCUUUGUUGCCAGUGCAUGUUCGCCAGUGCAUAUGGGCCUUUUCGCCGGUGGAUGCGACCUGUUCGUUGUUGAAAGAUGACCCGCGGCGUAGAUUAAUGUUCUGUGCCUUCCCCGAUGUCCCCCUCUUCCUCCGUACUCGCCGCGGCUUCUUCCACUUUGUCCUCUUGCUGUUCGCGUGGAGCGCGGGGGAGGUUUGCGUAUCAGGAUCGGACGGCUCUGGGCGGCACGAGUCCAUGUGCAGCUUUCGUUCGGCAAACGAGCUGGUGCAAACCUUCAAGGUGCCAGAUUCGUCUUACAUGUCUUCCGCUUAUGAUUAG